AUGCCGAGCAGAGGGCGUCGCUCGGACCCCAACAUCGACUCACGAUCCAACCGUCGCCGUUCCAAGACAACGCAGAGUUUGGCAUCGAAUGGCUCAGCAGUCAACAGUGCUCUAUUGAGCCACCCAACCACGUCCGUGGGACGGACUUCGUCCACCGGGCUCACGAGCCCGUCGGACACACUGCCCGACUUUGAUCCAGCUCCGUUUUGUCCGGAUGACUCCGACCCUGAUUUCCGGCAUGCCGUUGUCUCUCCACCUCUGGAUCCUGGCCAGGACUUGUAUGCGCCGACGGGCCCCGACCAAGGGCACUAUGGGCAAUCGAGUCCUGAGGCCGUUGAUUAUGCGUCCCCUGGCAGCAGCAACGACACGGCGGCAUCAAUGGUCGUAUUUCCCGGCUCGCCUCCCUCUCCUCCCAAAAUGAUGGGCGAAAAUCCCACGUACGGCUUCGAUGCUUGCCUCAGCCUCGUCGGUGCCGGGUACCAGGCCGCUUCGCCGUAUCCACUUCGUCUCCGUGAUGCCGACAUCUACGGGCUAAGUGACGCUGUUGACACCAACCACCAAGUCAACCAGCAUUGCCAACAACCGCAAGGAGAAGAGGAAUGGGACAUGUGUGACGACGGAAUGGUCUAA